AUGUCCGACGAACAGAUCUCGCUGCCGUACCUGGCCGUCAUCCUUGUCAUCUCGGGGCUGAUUAUUCGGUAUCUCUUCUUCUCGGGGCCUCCUGUUCGACGGUCGACUAUGUCUACCGAGGCCUUACUGCGAUCAAGGGAGGCCGCCGUCGAGAGGAUACAGCAGAUGUUUCCUCAGGCCGAGAGGCGGAGCAUCCUAUGGGAUCUUCAACGAAACGGCGGGAACGUCCAGAACACGACGGAGCGGAUCCUCACCGGUCGAUUAGAUACUCCCCCCAUCUCCUUCCAGCCGCCGCCACCUCCGCAAGACCGGGCGACGUCGGGAAGUAGCGCAACGUCGGCGAUGAGACAGCCCGAGAAACCGGCGCAGCCUGAUCUUAUUGCACGGUACGAUCUGAAGAGCAAGCUCGGCACCUCUGGCGCGACUGCUUCGGACUCCGACGAGGGGCACGGGAAAAAGGCCAAGGGGUGGAGCUCCGACCGGGACGAGCGGCAAGCGGCCCUAAAGCAAAGACGGGACGACAUGAUUCUCGCGGCGCGAAGGCGGAUGGAGGCCAAGAUGGCGGCCGAGAAGGCGACGCUGGGCGGCUGA